AUGAACCCAGAUUUCAGCUGGCAGGCUCCUGCCGCACGGGAGGAGACUCCAGACUCGUUCUUGCCUCGAGCCUUUGGUACCUGCGUUCUUUUGCUCCUUGGAUACUACGUCCUCAACCAUGUCCCACUGCGACGACCGACCAACGUCAGACAAUUGUAUGAAGUAGCCGUAUAUCUCAUACCUUCCCGAGCGAUAUUCGUACUACAAGCCAUGCUGAGAGCAGUUGGUGUGGGCUCCGACGACGCAUUCCAAUUCAAGCGAUCGGACUUCGGCGACCAAAGCGCCAAAGCCGUCGCUUUGAAGCACCUUCUGAUGCCGCACCCCAGACGCAGUACGAUCAAGUCACCAGACAAAAUGAUAGCGCAUCUUCCACAGGCUGUGUGGACUCCGCCUGGUCUGCUCAAUCCAGCCAACGACUGCUAUCAAAACGCUUCUCUGCAAGGAUGUGCAUCGCUUCCGUGCUUCCGAAAGUACAUCGAUGACUUCUUCGCGCGGACAGAAUUCGAAACGAAGACUCCUACCCAUGACGCACUCUGGUGGUUGUUUCAGCGGUUAUCUCAGAUCACGGACGGAAGUUCUUGCUACUCUGCACCAUCCGCGUUAGAUUUUAUGAAGAAUUUGCAGCAACACGACGCUCAAGAGUAUGUCUCGGAAGUCAUGGACGCAUUGGAAAAGGAAAGGCUCUCAUGUUUCCAGGCGCUUUGCAAACGCUUCUCGAAGUCAGGGCUCGAGUCUCUACAGAAGGAUCCCACUCCAGAUCCUGCUGCUGUGUUCCAACGACUGUCAUCCUCGCCUAAACCGAUGCCGUGCGCGACAUCCAAUGAGGCCACCGUAUCCGCGGCAUACACGAGGGCAUUUGAGGCACUACCACAGAUAGCGAUGAGUGGGUUACAGUUUGAUGAAAUGAAGUGCAUGACUUGUGGGUUCUCCGAGGGCCAAGGUAAUCCAUUUACCUUGCUGACGCUCAACCCGGGCCAACAGCAUUCUUAUGACGUCGAGGAAUUACUCUACGAUUUGACGACGGCUGAAGAUAUCCCUGGUGUCGAAUGUGAUAGCUGCACAGAGAAAGAAAGCCGGACCAACUUGCUGCAUCAAGGCUCGGAGGACGGCUCGUCGCCACCAAAGAAAUUGAAGACAAGCCCAAAGCCUGUACGUCGCACCAAGAGGAAACAGACGACACUACUUCGCUUGCCUGAAGCUUUGGUUCUCCACAUAAAUCGUAGCCAGUGGGAUGACUACGGUGGCAGCAGCGUGAAUCGAGCCAAUAUCCGGUUUAGCACCCGUCUCAGCAUCAUGCCCGAAUGGUGCACCGAUUUCCCGGCAGAUGGAUCCGUCCAGAAAGCUUCGCCACGUACCUAUGAGCUCAGGUCUGUCACGAGGCAUCAUGGACGCCACGAGAAUGGUCAUUAUAUUGCUAUGCGAAAGGAGGGGAAAGAUUGGUACAACUUUGACGACGAAAACGUAACACCAAUUAGCGAAGAAGAAGUUUGCUCAUGGGGUCGCCAUGUUUUUAUGCUCUACUACACUGGAGUCCAGGAGACAGAUCCUCUAUCAUCUCAUGGGCAACCCGGCGGACUGCUUUCCCGAUUACCUAACAGCCUAAGCGCGAACGGCCUGACCGUUCAUCUGAACGAGCACGACCAGAACGACCAUCUGGAGGCGGCCGAGCCUCGCAUCAACAAGUUCCUCACUGUUGCUGAGCUGAAUGCGCUUCACAGCGAGGUUAUCAAGCAUAGGCCAAAGAGUCCUUCAGUGACUAGCGAAACACCCAGUUUGUCUAGUGUGGAAGAUUUCAGGUCUGUCCACGAGUCCGACUCUGACCACGAUGACAUCAUGCAUGGUACGCAGUUGGCUGCUUUCGAAGCCGGCGUUACUGCAGGUGCACCACCAUCGCGGAAGGAGAAUUCUUCGCUGCCCAAAGAGUCGACUAUGAUUGAAGGCGUUGGCUGUGGUGCCUCGAUGGGACCAGAUGCGUCCUCAGCUUCUGAUCCGGUCGAUCCACCUACUAUCUACGGCAAUACCGAAGACCGCACUAAGUCGAUGCCAAUUGAAGGCCAAUCAAGUCCAGCUCCUACCAAUGGUGCUGUCAAGACUCACUUCGAGAGUGAUCCCAACCACUCUACCGCCGGCCAACCAUAG